AUGGACAUAGAUAGCUUGCUGCACGAGCCGUCUGCUUCGCCGUCGCACAAUGAUGGUGCUGCUACCCCUAGCCUCAACGUCGGUCUAGACGCUGCUGUUGCGCCAACCCACAAGAGAAAGUUUCAAGACUUGAUACACACAGACGCCACUUCAUCGCCAAGUCACGCAGAUUCAUCCUUGCCACCUUCUUCGCCCGACCAUCUCGACCGUUCUGCUUCGUCCACGCCAGCACCACAACCCACCUCGGAAGCACAAAAGGUCUACAUUGCCCGUACUGCCCCGCACCUUCUUGGCCGUACACCCACACCUUCAAGCUCCAGAACGCCUUCGGUACCUCCAUCGGGCAGAUCCAGUCCCACUUCCGAUGAUGGCCGCUCUACACCGGACGGCGCCUCCUCGACACCCAAACCCUCGAAUCAGUCGCAUCACACCUUGCCCGAAGGAUAUCGUGGGCCCGCCCUGCGCAAAAACGACGCCGAAGACUUUGCGCCUCCGCCUCAUCUUGCAACCACCGUAGGCUCGGCCACUCUGUUCAGUGCGGUCAACUUUGCUGUCAAUCGCAAUGGCUGGCGCUACACCGCUGCAGGUCCCGCCAGCCAGCAUUUGCGACAGACGCUCUUCAAAACGCUCGAAACUCGCCCAGCUAACGUGCACUGGUGCUGGUCCGACCGGUCUCCGUUCACCAAAAUCUCUGUCAACGCUGAUAUAAUCUCGACUGACAAAGGCUUUCGUAGCGCACGCACCAACAUUGGCGUUCGUCAGGGCGAAUGGUAUGCAGAGAUCGAGAUCCUCCCUCCUGAGCAUCUAACUGCAGGUGUAGGUGCGCCAGGUCCGCUUCCAGCGCCCAUGAAGGACGGCUCGCAUAUAAGGUUGGGCUGGGGCCGGAGGGAGGCGCCACUCAAUGCACCUGUCGGCUUUGAUGGCUAUUCCUAUGGGCUCAGAGACAAGGGCGGCGACAAGGUCACCCUCUCGAGACCUCUACCGUACGGCAAGCCAUUCAAAGCUGGUGAUGUCGUUGGGUUGUACAUCAAGCUUCCACCGCUGAGCGAGCCACAGGACGAGAAUGAUCCCGCCAACAUCAAACGCGAGCGCAUCGCUAUACGCUACAAGGGCCAGCUCUACUUUGAAAGUCUCGAGUAUCCCCGCACGAGAGAGAUGGAGCAGCUCAUGGAACGCAGUCGAAAGGGCAACAGUAUCGAGGAGGCACUCAAGGGCAUCGAGGGCACUGGCGUGUUUGAGCCGCAAGCUGUCGCUGCCUCAUUGGCAGCUGCAGUUGAUGGCGUCAACCCUGCCAAUGGUAAUGGUGGUGCUGCUGCGCCCCCUUCCGCCGCAAUUAGUGGUGCAGGGGGUGGAGGCGGCGCGGCCAAAGUGAAAAACCGCAAGAAUCCAGGCGCAAAGGACAAGCCCUCCGGUCCCACAAUACCGUCACUCCGACCAGUACCCAAGCUUGCCGGAUCCAAAAUCGGCUUCUUCGUCAACGGUGAACCGCAGGGAAUCGCCUUUCGCGAUCUCUUCGACUUCCGUCCCCUCCGUGUCAAAGGCUUUCCAGGUCUCAAACCCGCCCCUUCCAAAGCUUCCACCGCAUCGCGCACAAGUAAGCCAGAAACAACCAAACGCGGCGAGCCCACCGAACCGGUGAUCAAUGUCAAAUCGCGCGAAAAUAUCUUUGACGACGGAGCGCUUGGCUACUUCCCCUUUGUGUCGAGCUACGGUGGAGCGAGGGCGAAGUUGAUCACGGGCGCAGAGGGGUUUCGCUUCCCGCCACCCACGGAUAUUGAGGCUGCUUUAGAGGCUGUGUCCUCGCCAGCUUCCUCAUCCUCGACACAAACGAGGGACGAAGCAUCGACGGGCGAAGCCAAGUGGAAACCACUAUGCGCCCGCUUCGAGGAGCAUCUUGCGGAAAUGUGGGCGUACGACUUGCAGGACGAGGCGAAAGCACAGGCGGUUGCCGAUCAGCAAGCCGAGGAGAGAGCCAAGCGCAACAACGCGGCCAAAGAGAGGUACGCCGCGGCAAAGAAGAAGCAUGCGGCUGCGCUCGCGAGGAACGCCACGGCUAGUCCUGCGCCCGUCAUGGAGGGAGACGACGACCCAGAUCGUACGGUGAUGGCAGAGGACGAUGGGAUGCAAAUGGACGAAGAUGGUGGGCAGCUGUCGGCGGUGGUGCGGAUGGACGACGAGCACGCGGUCGGGUCCGAGCUUGACGCGCAUACUCCGGAACGUCCAGACCAGCACUGGUCGUCGUCGGUACCUGGCUCGCCGGAAGACCAAAUCAGGACGGUGCAGUCGUCCUUGCUACGAGAUGCGGCUCACGAGGAUGUCGACAUGCACGAUGUUGGUUCCAGCCACGGAUGA